AUAUUUCCAUUUAUCAUCCUCUUCAGUCCUCACCACUCUGUGGCUGUCUUCAAAGACUCAGCGACUGCAAUCAGACCAAACUAAAUUAGACAAGUUUGUUUUAGUUUUAUUUAUUUUCUUAAAUAUUGUGAAACUUGUGCUGAUUAUUAAAUUAUUAUGAUUGAUGGAUGAUGCGUUAUAAUCAUCCUACCAAAUUAGAGUUUAACUAAUUAAUGCAGUGUUUUGUUAUUCUUCUUCCUACUGAAUUGUGUUUUGAACUUCAUUUUAUGUGUAUAUAUAUAUGUUUGGUUUUGUAUUCAUCGUCUUCAUUUUAUUCAUGUUUAGGCUUGUCAUGGCUCCUUCAUUGUCAUCUCCCAUCUCACCACCAGAGCAGGAAUACGAUGUCUUCUUAAGUUUCAGCGGCCUUGAUAGCCGCAAGAACAUUAUUAGUCAUCUACAAGCUGCUUUGAAGCGAAAUAACUUUCGCACAUUUAAAGAUGACAAAAACUUGGAUAGAGGAAAGGAUAUUGCGACAGGACUAUUCGAAGCAAUUGAGAAUUCAUCAAUGUCUAUUAUUGUGUUCUCAAAGAACUACUUUGCAUCAAAAUGGUGUCUGGCUGAACUCGAGAAGAUUAUGGAGUAUAGCAAGAACUUACGUCAUAUUGUUAUUCCCAUCUUUGUUGAUAUAGAGCCAUCUGAUAUACGAAAUUUAAAAGGGAGUAUUGCGGAAACCUUGGCCAAACACGAAGAAGAAGUUCCUAAUACGGAGAAUUGGAGAGCAACUCUGACUGAAGUUGCCAGUUUGGCUGGUUUCGUCUCCAACAGCGAUACGGAUGAAGCAAGCUUGGUUGAGGAUAUUGUUAAAGAUGUUGAAGGAAAAUUAAAUUCGGGCAUACAGUUAAAUGUUGCAAAGCAUCCAGUUGGAAUAGAGCCUCGCUUACAAAAGCUACUUAAGGAGUUGUGCUUGGAGUCAUCUGAUGAUGUUCGCAUUAUAGCAAUAUGGGGAGUCGGUGGACUAGGUAAGACAACAAUUGCCAAAGCUACGUAUAAUUAUAUUCAUAGCAGAUUUGAAGGUUGCAGCUUUGUCGACAAUGUUAGAGAAAAAUGGGAGCAAUCAAAUAAGGGUUUGCUUGCUUUGCAAAAUCAAAUUCGAUCUGAUAUCUUGAAGAAUAAAAGUUCUAAAAUUAGAAACUCUCACAAAGGGGUUGAAUUCUUAAAACACAGAGCUUUCUACGGAAGAAAAGUGCUCCUAGUUCUUGAUGAUGUAGACCAUGUGAAACAGUUGAAUGCACUAGCCAUUGAUCCAAGGUUUCUCUAUCGUGGGAGUAGAAUUAUUGUAACUACUAGAGAUAUUUCUUCCUUAAACUCACUUACCAAAUAUGAGCUUGAGCUGUUGAAUAAAGAUGAAUCUCUUCGACUCUUCAGUUUGCAUGCCUUCAACCAACACAAUCCCCCAGAGGGUUUUAUGGAGCUUUCAAAUACAGUGGUGGAUUAUGCCGAGGGUAUUCCAUUAGUUCUUGAAGUUUGGGGUUGCUUUUUAAAUGGCAACAACGAUCAAUCUGAAUGGAGAAGUGCAAUUGCAAAAAUGAAAAAGAUUCCUCAUGAUGACGUUGAAUGGAGAAGUGCAAUUGCAAAAAUGAAAAAGAUUCCUCAUGAUGACGUUCAAAGAAAAGUGCAACAGGUUUUAGAUAAAGUAAAAUUUCUGGACCUCAGUUAUUGUGAAAAUUUAACCACAACUCCUAAUUUAUUUGGGCUUCCCAGUCUUGAGAAACUGAAUCUUGACGACUGCGUAAGAUUGCAAGAGGUGGAUAAAUCUAUUGGGCAUCUCAGUUAUUACACAAUUGAUGAUGACACAACCGAUGAUGAUGAUGUCAGUUAUCACACAACUGAUGAUGACACAAUCGAUGAUGAUGAUGUCAGCUAUCACACAACUGAUGAUGACACAUUUGAUGAUGAUGAUGUCAGGUAUCACACAACUGAUGAUGACACAAUCGAUGAUGAUGAUGUCAAUUAUUACACAAUUGAUGAUGACACAUUCAUGAUGUCAGUUAUAUGCUACAAACAAUAGAUUUCAUCAAUUUAUUGAUUGAAUCAAUCUUCCAUCUUGUGUUAGAGAGGGACUUAAUUACUACUGUUGAUGAUCAUAAAUAUAUAUAUAUUCC